UGAGACGAACAAUACCAGUAGUUGUUUAGUGUGGGAGGAAGUUGAUUAUGAUGACAAGACUUAAAUGAGAUCGACGCAUCCACCGCAGAAAUGCCAGCAGAUACAAUCGACAUUUACUGAGGGCUUUUGUCAACUUUGGUCAGGACGGAUAUAGUGGACAGUCGACACUGGCGACAUAACAUAAGAUGAAUAGUUACGCCAAUGUCAUGUGUACGACCUUCGCUGAACACAACCUAUCCUACGUUCCUAUUUGGAAUCUAUGGCAAUCUGUUGUUUAAAGUCCCAAGAAAAGGAUGGCUACUUACUAUUUUCCAAAAGUGUUGUGUUCUAUUGUGAUUAUUUUUUGCCCAACCACUAUAGCCAAUGACAGAUUUAUAACUUUGAAUUGUAGCAAUCAAUUCACUGGAAUACAUCACCACCGCACUGUUUUGUUUUGUGAGUACAAGUCACAAUGGGAGAAAAAUUGCAAUAUUAGCUGGAUCUGGAAAGAUAGGAAUUCUCAGUGGACUGAAACUCCAUGCACAUCUGAUAAUGAAAAGACUGCUCAGAAACAAAAAAGAUGCCUAACAGAUUACAAAAAGGUAUCAUUGAUAAUUGAGAAAACAGAAAGUUUGGAUGCAGGGAAUUAUCAGAUUUUCAUAGACUGUGGGCCAGGUGGCCACGUGCAAAAGAGUGUCCAACUUUCCAUUAAAGCUCCAUAUGCUGUUCUACAAGUAUCCAAAAGGAUUGAAGGUGGUGACAAAGGUCUUUCUUGUUCUACACUUGGACAUGCACCGGCAGAACUCCACUGGAAAAAUGAAACUGGCACUAUUUUGCCUGCUAAUUCGAACAUAACAGAAACAGAGGAUAAGUUGUUCAACACCACUAUUUUCAUUUCAGUUUUUGGAGAAUUAUGCUCCAUAAACUAUAGCUGCUCUUUGUGCUAUGAACAUUCAUGUAUUUCUGCAAGAUUGGAGUGUCCCAACAGUACAAUAGCCUCUCAGUCAAGAGAAGAAAAGAUCAGAACGGCUUUUGGUAUUCAUUUAUCUCUGGGAUUAAUCGUAAUCCUUUUUAUACUUUUGGCAUUUAUGGGGCUUUUUACUGUAGAAAGCAAAUUCUUCAAGCAUUAAUUCGAGAACGAAAAGAAUCAGCAUCAAUUAAUUUAGUAGAGAACACAGAAUGAAGGAGGCCUGGAAUGACAUUGAUCUUAUUAAUCAACUUUUACACUAAACGUAAUCUGUAUGAAAACAUUGUAUCAAAUGAUGUAAAAACACUGGGUAGAAAUUGCUUUUUGCUUUUUGUGAGGUUUAAGCCAAUUUAGUAAAUUAGUCUAAAUAGAAGUAUUGGCACUGAGCACUAAAAUGAAUUGGAAAUCAUUGAAUUGAAAGGACUUACCUUCAUUGCUCAGAAGUUAUGCAGGAUGUUAGUAAGGCCACUUUUGGAGUAUUGUGUCCAGUUCUGAUCAUGCUCUUAUCGGAGGGAUAUUAUUAAGCUGGAGAGGGUUCAGAAGAGAUUUACAAAGAUGCUGCUGGGAAUGGAGGGUUUGAGUUAUAAGGAGAGGCUGGUCAGGCUGGGACUUCUUUCAUUGGAGCACAGGAGGUUGAAGGGUGACCUUAUAGAGGUUUAUAAAAUUGAAGGAUAUAGAUAAGGUGAAUGGCAGUUGUCUUUCUGCUCGGGUGGGGGAUUUCAAGACGAGGAGGUAUAUUUUUAAGGUGAGUGAAGAAAGAUUAAAAAAACAAGACAUGAGGGGCAACAUUUUUUCUACAGAGUGGUUCAUCCGUGGAAUGAGUGUCCAGAGGAUGUUGUGGAUGUAGGUACAGUUACAAUGCUUUAAAGACAUUUAGAUAAGUACAUAAAUAAGAAAUCCUUGAAGGGGUAUGGGCCAAGCACAGGCAGAUGGGACUAGUUUAGUUUGGGAUUAUGGUUGGCGUGGACUGGUUGGACUGAAGGAUCUCUUUCCAUGCUGUAUGACUCCAUGACUGAUAGCUAAAUUCAACUUGUUUCUAAAAGGCAUGCUUGAAUACUGUAAUCAUGAAAAAUACGAAAAUAAUUUUUCACAUGAACACUGAGAAAAGAGGUCUGAUGAUUAUAAUCACAAUACAAUUGUAACCAUAUUUAGUGAAAACCACAGUCCUUGUUACUUGCAUGGUCAGAAUUCUUGGAAUUGUGGUGGAGUUUUCAUGACAAAAAUAGUUGUGAUGAUACAUAAAAUAAUUUUUUUGCAAUAAUCCAAAACCAUGUUCAGUACUUUCUAUUAUAAAUUCAGACUAAGUGUUUUUUUAUUCUCAGAAAACCAGAUUGGAAGCAGUUUAUGUUAGUUUUCCGUUGCAAACCUCAGUCCAGUAGUCUUGGAAUUCAAUUGUUCAAAUCUUCUGAUCUGUGUUAGAAUCCCUAUUUCCGACCCAGAUAAAAUAAAAUGUUGCCCACCUGUAAA